AUGAGUUUGCCAUUAGACCUCUCCAGCACGACGAACCCGGGAACGACUUUUGGCUCGGUUUCUGCUGAGCAUUCAAGGCCUGAGAGUCUUGCAUCGCAUGAGCAUGGCGAAACACCAGACGGCACUGGAGAGAACACUUGCGAUGGCAAUGCGAUAGACGCAGACGCAGCUUUCCAGCCUCACAUCUUGGGCAUGUCAAAGGAUGAUGCAUGGAUCACGAUACGGCGAUUUAAUUUGCUGGUCUUUCGGGUCAAGGCCACAAAAGGCCGGCUAUUAACAGAUUUCGACAUGGCUUCAAGUGAACAAGGGGAGACUUCGCCGGAGCAGCUUCAAGCACAGCUUGCGCGCCUCUAUAUGACUGUCAUCAUCGGGCUCUUUGCUCUCUACAAGCACAUGGUUCGAUUGCGCUCUUGGAGCGAGCCACAGAGAACGUCAAAAUUUCUAUCAGUGUACCUUGCUGCGUGGCUUGUGAAUUUACUCGCGCCGACUCUUUUCCUCUUCAUCAUAGUGAUGGUCAUCUUCCCUGCUUCCCGGCCGUUGUGCUUCCCACACAUACCGCCCUCCAUCGUCGAUGCCAAAACCGGUGGUGUGCAAAAAGCCCCUGCGGGUGUCAUGGCGUCGGAGACGAGCGUUACGGGGGGCCCAGAAACCCACAAGGGAGAAGCCGUCGAGCAAGAAGCCCACAGUUUCAUCACCAGCUUUUCCAAGUUGAUUAUGAGUAUAACAUCCGACAAAGAUCAGGAUAAAGGUGCACCAGAAGAUGACCCUUCGCCGGGUAUUGCCAAACUAUCGGGCAAGAUUGCGAAUGCGAAAAGCAAAACCGACAAGGAUGGACAAGAGUCGAAUAAUGAUAAAACGGAGGAGCCUAUGAAGCAUGCGAUUGAGGAUUUUAACCCACAGCCGCUUCUGGACACGUUAUUUGCGUUCAUCGAUGUCUGGGAACGUCUCGGAAACGUGCUUAAUCCUGUACCGUUGUUUCCGGGUGAUCACUCUAGACUGCUACUAGCCGCGUCUAUUGCAGUCCCGACAUUGAUCACUUUUUAUUUUUCGCGGGACGUCAUGAUAAAAAGCAUGGAACUGUUGCUAGGUUUUAUUAUGUUUGGCGAGCCGGUGAUUCGACGAAGCUGUGCCUUCCUUGACCGAGAAUUUCCCAGUUGGCGCAACGGCUGCAAGCUUCGCAACACCGUACUGAAGGGAGUGCCGACCAACGCCCAGCUUGCCAUCACUAUGCUCCGCGUUGGCGAGCGAAUCAGCUCGCCACUCCCUCCCCCUCCCGUUUCGCAGGGGUCCCCGAAGAUGGAAGCCACAGCGAAUGCUGAUAGUGUACCCGAGCUAGGGACCCUCCACGAACAACCUCAAGAAGAUGCCAAACCAGAUACUGACGACGGCGGCCAAGACGGCAACGAUGAACACAGAUCGAAGAACAUAGAGCGUGUAAUGGGAUUUUUCAAGCACGGCUCCAAGCGCGCCGUCACUUUGUUCCACAAGACAGACAGGAUGAGGGCGAGUCGUGGAAGUACGCAGGCGCAAGCGCGGCUUGAUCUUGGGCAGACCACGCGCGAGGUGCCCGACGCUGGACCCUACAAAUUCCCGGCACGGUACAAUGGCGAGGCAGGAUACUUGCAUCUAGCUACGGCGGCGACUACUCCAUCAGUAGCUUGGCAAAGUCAUGACGAAAAUUUGGAAACGGCGUGGGUUGUUAUGAUAAAUGACAUUGCAGACAUUUCCAAGGUUGAUGGAAUGAGCUUCAAGACGAAGCACUUUGUACAGUGGGCGCUGGACAAAGAGUCCGUCAUGGGCCUGAAGCUGACAAUGUCGACUGGUCAAUGCCAUCAUCUCGAUCCGGUUGUCAAGCGCGACGAGGUGUUUAACCGCUUGAUUGCGAUGGGCAGUCAGAUAUGGGAGGUUUGUUAG